AUGGCUUCUGCCGGUGCUUAUAACGUUUUUUUAAGCUUUAGAGGCGAAGAUAAUCGUAAUGCUUUUACGGAUCAUCUUUAUGACGCAUUAAUCCGAGCAGGAAUUGUUACUUUUAGGGAUAAUGAAGAAAUCAGGAGAGGUGAAGAACUGCAGCUGGAGAUCGAGAGAGCAAUUAAAGGAUCUAGGGCUUCAGUAGUUGUAUUCUCAGAGAAGUAUGCAACUUCAACUUGGUGUCUGGAUGAGCUUGCGUUGAUCCUCCAGCAAAGGAGGGAGUGCAAUCAUUUCGUUCUACCUGUUUUUUAUCAUGUCGAUCCUUCUGAUGUGAGGAAACAAACGGGAACUUUUGCUAUAAAAGUCAAAGCCUCUUCAAGGUGGACAGAUGAAAACGUGAGCCUGUGGAAAAAAGCUCUUAAAGAGGUUCCUGAUUUAGCAGGCAUGGUUUUGUCUGGGUCUGAAGCAAAGUUUGUGAAGGAUAUUGUUGACAUCAUUUACAAUAAAUUGGAACGCAAAGAAGUUAGUCUUCCACAAAAUAUAACUGGGAUGGCUACUCGAUACAAAGAUAUCGGUGUCUGGUUAAAUCAACCGGAUGUUGAAUUUUUAGCAAUUUGCGGGAUGGGUGGAAGUGGCAAGACAACAUUGGCCAAAUACAUCUACAAUUCAAACUGGAAAACUUAUGAAAACAUGAGUUUUCUUGAAGGCAUUAGAGAAAAAUGUGAACAGCCUGAUGGUAUGCGUGUGCUACAAGAACAACUUCUCAAAGGUAUAUUGGGUGGCAAGAAGAGAAAAAUACCUAGUGUUUCUGAAGGUACAUGUAAGAUUGAGGAGGCCUUACAGACAAAAAGGUCGCUUAUUGUUCUUGAUGACAUUGUUGAACGUAGUCAGUUAGUUGCUUUACUUGGAACUGGGAAGAUUAAUCCACUAACCAAGAUUAUAAUAACAACAACCAGAGAAAAUACAGAUGAUUGGUUUAAGUUCACAGACUGGAGGUGUCAAGAUUAUGAAAUGAAAUUAUUGAAACCUGAAGAAUCGUUGGAGCUUUUAAGUCGUCAUGCUUUUGGUUCCAAAGUUCCCAUGGAAGGUUUCGAGGAGGUUGCAGAACAAGCGGUAGAAUAUUGUGAAGGGAAUCCGCUGGCUCUUGAAGUGUUGGCUGCUGCUCUGUCCCAAAAAAAUACCAUCUUACAUUGGAAAAGUCAGUUGAAUACACUGGAAAAAGAUAUUCAUUCUAGAAUUCACAAUGUACUUAUAAUGAGCUACAAGUCAUUAUCGCUUGUCUUAGAAAAGGAGUUGUUUCUGCAUAUUGCUUGUUUCUUUGUUGGCAAAGACAAGGAUUAUGUGGUAAAGAUAUUGCAGCAUGAUUACGAUGCAGCGUCUGGGAUCACGAGCCUAUCCAACAGAUGCCUUCUUUCUGUUUCACCAAACAACAAACUCAUGAUGCAUCGGUUGCUUCAAGAGAUGGGGAAAAACAUAGUUCGUCAAGAAUCAAAAUUCCCUGAACAACGUAGUAGAGUCUGGCUUAGUAGUGACUCUUAUAAGAUAUUGAGCAAGGGAAAGGGUUCAGAAACUAUGGAAGGUUUAGCACUUGACAUGAAAAUACUAGAACAGAAGUUUGCUUUCAAGUCAUCAAACCUCAAGACAGAUGCACUUCAAAAGAUGGAUAGACUGAAAUUGCUCCAACUAAAGUUUGUGCAGCUCACGGGGUCCUACGAUAAUCUUUCAGAAGAUUUGAGAUGGCUUUGCUGGCUUGGAUCCGAUUUAAGAAGCAUACCAUCUGACUUAUUCAUGGGAAACUUGGUGGCUAUAGAUAUGAGCUACAGUAAAUUGGAAGUAUUUGAACCCCCCAUGGUUCUUCCGUCACUGCAGAUUCUGAAUCUUACAGACUCGCACAACCUACGCGAAGUCCGCAACAUGUCCAUGAUCCCUCAACUGGAGACUUUGAUUCUUUGGAACUGUCACAGUCUUGCUCGUGUUUGUGAAACAAUUGGAGGCCUGACAAGUCUUGCACUACUGAACAUGACAGGAUGUAGAAACCUGUGCAAGAGUGAGCAAACAGAAGCUUCUACCUCUGGUGGAGGAGUUGCAGAAAAGCCUACCUUUUUCUUCCCACCUUCACUACACCGGUUAUUUCUCAAGGAUUGUGAUCUUGAGUGUACUGAUUCCUUUCCUCUGAGUUUUAGUGCUCAACUAUCUUUGCAGUACAUGAAUUUAGGCAAUAGUCUAUUUGAGUUUCUGCCGUGUUACGACCAUCUUAAAAAUCUUCGGGUCCUUGACUUGAGUUUAUGCUCGAUGCUUAAACAGCUUCUUUGUCUCCCAAGUACACUUGCAGAGUUGUAUGUAUACUAUUGUAAGUCGCUGGAGGAAAUUAGUUUCCAAUCACAUCGAUUCACAUUGCAAGAGUUUGGGUAUGAAGGGUGCGUUAGUUUAUUAGAAAUUGAAGACUUUAUCAAAUUGGUGCCUGUAGCCAAACUUGAAGAAAAGGAUUUGGGACAUAUGAAGUGGCUAAAAAAAUAUCAAAAUCAUGAGGUGUGCCUGGCUGGUGAUGAUGAGCUCACCAAAGACAGAAGUUUGUGUGUGCAGAUGUUGUAUGAAUUCAAUAUAACGAGCACAUCUCUUCCAGACAUGGAGGAUCCAAACAUGAAGCCUACUUAUGAAUCAGACUUAUCAUCUUUGUCCUUUGAUGUGCCUCCGCCUCUCAAGAAUAGGAGGCUCAAAGGACUUGAUGUAACUUUUAAAUAUAAAACAAUAUCAGGUGAGGAUGAUGACGGGUUAUGGUUCUGUAAGAUCAGUACGAGCAAUGGUGUUGAUUUGAUGUACAACCCCAAAGUCUUUGGCAAACCUGAAUCUGGUGAAGUUGGUAUAUGGUUAAGCUAUUGGCCAAUUGGAAAUGCAUUGGAUACGGGAGAUAAAGUCAACGUCUCCAUCGCUGUGAUCAGUGGAUUGGAGGUGCAUGAAUGUGGUGUGAGCCUUGUUUAUACUGAUGAUGAGGAAGCUGAGGAAAUAACCUUGGAAAAUAACAUGGGAUUGGUAGAAUCUCUUGGAGGAGGUUUGUCUGGAUUUCAACUAAGCACAGGAGCUUACUAUCUUUGUCGCAGUGAUUUGUUUGAGUUAAUGGAGGCUGGUAGACUGACUCCUGACUGGUUUAGUAUUUUAGUUGGUGAUACCAUUGACUGUACAGAGGUACGAGGAUGGAGAAAGACAGGUCGACCUACACAGUUGAAACCAUCAUUUACUGAGUUAAAGUUUGUUAGAUGCAUCGUCCAUGGUCCUGAAUCGGAGGACAUUUAUAAGAUUGCAGAGAUGUCAAAAUCAUCUUUUGUAGAUAAAACAUUGGACUUCACAUCAAGCCUACUUGGGGAGACCAUCAUAUCUUCCACAUCGUCUAAAUUUAGUGAAAGUGAAACAAAAAUAAAGAAUAAGCCACAAGAGAUGCUUAUGCUCCUAUAUGUAACCCUCUCCAAACUAUCUGAAAUGAUAAUGUCUGUUGCACAAAGCACAACCGAUUUCAAGGCUGAACUGGAGCUACUGAUCGACACCUUACAGAUAAUAACACCGAUCUGUUACGAGAUUGUAAAGGUCUAUGGAAAACUAGAUCAUACAGAGGCGGAGUGCAAGAUGUUCUUAUAUGACAUCCAAGAAGCAAAGAUGUUCAUAAAGUACAUCCAAGAAGCCAAUAAAGUUUUUGAAAAAUAUCCGCAAGUAAAAAAGAAUGUUAUCAAGAAGUCCAGUUACUCACAAAAGCUAAAAGAUGUGAACGCUAAUUUGCAAAGAUUCUUUCAAAGCGAAGUUCAAGCAAUCCGGAGUCAGAGCAUUACGGAGAUGUUUUUAGGUGUGAACGAUGAUUAUAGUGAUUCAUUGUCAAUGUCUACGCUGACAAGUUGGAUCCGUGAUUAUAGUGAUUCAUUUUCGAUGUCUACGAGAACAAGUUGGACCAGUGAUUAUAGUAGUUCAAGGUUGAUGUUUUUGAGAACAGAACAAUCGCGACAUGAAAUCUUGGAACGAGAAAAGUAUGGUUGGCGAGUUCCUGCACUUCCAGAUGGAAUUGUGGCGUUUGACGAGCCAUUGACCAAGCUGAAGGGUGAGGUUUUUUCAGGAAUUGAUUAUUAUUAUUAUGAUGAUGAUAACGAUGGAAGUUCGAUGGAUAGUGGUGGUCGAUCAGUGCUGGUUGUUUCCGCUGCCGGUGGAUGUGGGAAAACUACCUUGGUGAAAAUGCUAUGCCAUGAUCCCGAAAUUCGUGAAAAAUUUGGGGAGGAUAUCUUCUUUGUGACGGUUUCAGACACACCCAGUUAUAUGGUGAUUGUCAAUGAUCUCUUUAAUCCAAAUUCCUCAUCCCUGCAAGUUCUGUUUCAAAGCAAUGAAGAUGCAAAGAGUGAACUGGAGAACUUUUUAAAUCAGAAAAUAUCAGGUCCCAUGCUUCUAGUAUUAGAUGAUGUGUGGUCUGAGUCGUUUAUUGAUAACUUUCCAUCAAAGAACAGACAAUGCAUGAUUCUGGUUACAUCUAGGACCGCCUUUACGAGUUAUGAUGUGUUUCGAUUUGACCCUUUGAACGAGAAAGAUGCAAAAACUCUCUUUUGCCAAUCAGCAUUUGAUAAAGGCGGGCGGAUACCUAGUCAAAUUAUUGAUAAGAACCUUGUGGAUCAGAUGGUAAAAUGUUGUAAGAGACAUCCAUUCACCCUUUUUGCGGUUGGCCAAUCCUUAAAAAGGGAGGAUAAGUCUAUCUGGAAAUUUAUGCUAAAGUCAUUGUCUGAAGGUACGUCGGUUCUAGAUUUACACAAGGAUGUACUUGUCGAUCUGGAAAGAAGCUUUGAGGCUCUAGAUGAUGACUUAAAGCAAUGUUUCUUGGAUUUGGGGCUAUUCCCUGAGGAUCAAAGGAUCCCGGUUAGCACCCUCUUAGAUGUGUGGGUGCAUUUGUACAACCAUGAUGCUGGUGGCAUUGAUACCCUCGCCAAGGUCAAUCAACUUUCUUACGAAAACCUUGUCGAUUUUAUGACCACAAGGUUUUGGAAUGAUUCAAUCGCAAGAGUUAACUAUUGCGACCAACUCUUGGUCACACAACAUGGUUUGUUGCGGGAGCUUGCUGUUCAUUUGAAUAGCAGAUUGCCCUUAGCACAAAGGAGUAGAUUGAUUAUAAAUGCACAAGGAGAAGACCUGCCCUCAUCAAUUGAAAAAGUCCAAGAACCUAUGCAAGCCCGCAUAUUGUCUAUUUCCACAGGGAAGUUGUUCUUGUCGCAAUGGUGCGAUAUAAAUGUCCCUGACCUUGAAGUUCUAAUCUUGAACUUAAUGUCAAAAACAUACACUUUACCCCAUUUCUUAGUGGGAUUGCCAAAAUUAAAGAUUCUAAGCAUUACAAGCCACAGUUUACACCCUACAAAAUUUGAGAAUUUCCACCUUCUAGGAUCUGCACGCAAUCUAACAAGGAUUAGAUUUGAACGUGUGAUGAUACAUCCAUCUAUUUUAUCACUGGAAAACCUGCAGAGAGUAUCAUUCAUAAUGUGCAAAAUCAGCAAUACUUUUGAGAAACUCAUCCCCAAUAUCUGGCCACAGUUAUUUGAGAUCGAGAUCGAUUAUUGCCAGGAUUUAGUCGAAUUCACAGGGGCAUUAUGUAACCUUAUCCACCUUAAGAGUAUUAGCAUCACAAAUUGUAAUGAGAUGUGUGGAUUUUCUGAAAAUUUUGGGAAUUUGACUAAUUUGGAAAUACUUAGUCUUCGUUCUUGUACGGAACUGGAAAAGUUGCCUGAAUCAAUAUGGAGACUUGAAAAGUUGAGUGUUCUUGACAUUUCAGAUUGUUUGAACUUGAGUGGGUUGCCGGAAAAAAUGGGGAAAUUGAGGGGUUUAAGGACGAUUUAUAUGAAAGGUUGUAGCGGAGUACAUGAGCUGCCGGAAUCUGUGGAGGACCUGUCUCAUGUACGUGUUGUAUGUAAUGAAGAAAUAGCUUACAAAUGGCGGAAGUACACUAAUGUGGAGAUUGAUUUGGUGGAAGAAGAUCAAUUAGAAACCCAUGUCAAAUUGGAGCCUGUAGGCAGACUUGAAGAAAACGAUUUGGGACAUAUGAAGUGGCUAAAAGAAUAUGAAAAUCAUGAGGUGAGCCUGGUUGGUGAUGAUGAGCUCACCAAAGGCAGAAGUUCAUGUGUCCAGAUGUUGUAUGAAUUCAAUAUAACGAGCACAUCUCUUCCAGACAUGGAGGAUCCAAACAUGAAGCCUACUUAUGAAUCAGACUUAUCAUCUUUGUCCUUUGAUGUGCCUCCGCCUCUCAAGAAUAGGAGGCUCAAAGGACUUGAUGUAACUUUUAAAUAUAAAACAAUAUCAGGUGAGGAUGAUGACGGGUUAUGGUUCUGUAAGAUCAGUACGAGCAAUGGUGUUGAUUUGAUGUACAACCCCAAAGUCUUUGGCAAACCUGAAUCUGGUGAAGUUGGUAUAUGGUUAAGCUAUUGGCCAAUUGGAAAUGCAUUGGAUACGGGAGAUAAAGUCAACGUCUCCAUCGCUGUGAUCAGUGGAUUGGAGGUGCAUGAAUGUGGUGUGAGCCUUGUUUAUACUGAUGAUGAGGAAGCUGAGGAAAUAACCUUGGAAAAUAACAUGGGAUUGGUAGAAUCUCUUGGAGGAGGUUUGUCUGGAUUUCAACUAAGCACAGGAGCUUACUAUCUUUGUCGCAGUGAUUUGUUUGAGUUAAUGGAGGCUGGUAGACUGACUCCUGACUGGUUUAGUAUUUUAGUUGGUGAUACCGUUGACUGUACAGAGGUACGAGGAUGGAGCAAGACAGGUCGACCUAUGCAGUUCAAUCCUACAAUAAAGGUGCAAGAUGGGGUGCAGCUUGCAUUUCAAACGAUGUAUGGUGAAUCACAAAGAUCUCCUUCUGGUGCACUUGCAUCGCAUGGUACAACAUCCCUGCAGCUUCGUUUCCAGACUAGGCUGCUUCCCAUCUUUUUUACUGGACAAAAGAUAGAAUCUGAGGACAAGAGUGAUUGGUCUGAGAGUGAUUUUGAUGCCAAAAUUAUCUAUUCAAGAGACGGCAAACGUCCGUUGCUGAGAGGGGAUUUGGUGGUGACGCUGAAAAAUGGAGUUGCUGUUUUAGGUAAUGUAGUUUUUACUCAUUAUUCAAGCUGGAGUAAGAGCAGGGAGUAUAGGUUAGGGGCAAAAACCAAAAAUGCAACUCCUGGAGUCAGAAUUAGAGAAGCAAGAAGCCAAGUAUUCAUGGUAAAAGACAAGCGAGAAACAUUAUACAUGAAACAUAAUACUCCAGCAUUGAGUGAUGCCACUUGGCGCUUGAACAACAUAGCAAGAAGGGGGGAUUUGUAUCAACGAUUGUCAUCACACAAAAUAAAUACUGUGAAAGACUUUCUACAAAUGUAUAAUACUAAUGAGUCCUUGCUUUGUCGGCUACUUGGUGGGCCGGAUAGCGACAAGUGUAAGAAGAUUAUCAAGCACGCAAAGGCAUGUGUUUUAGACGAGAAGCUGUACAUAUACAACAGUAAUAAAGAUAGGAUUGGUAUUUUGUUCAAUUCUGUUAUGGAGGUUGUGGGUGCAACCUUUGAUGGCGAAAAUCAUCUCUCCAUGAAUGAACUUACUGAUUCCCAAAAGUCUAUGGUGGAAGCUUUAAAGGAACAACAACCAACCUUCAUGGUCACCCUCUUAGAACUGCUAUGUAGUUUAGAUCCCGCAAAGAAUGGCAAAGUUUGAUCCGUUUUCUAAUUUUCCUGAAUAGAGAAAGGAAGAUCUGAGGGGAAGAAGCUUAUUUUGCACUAUGCCUUCGGCAGCCUCUGUCGGUGCCGCCUCGCCUGUGAUACGGCGGCCUCUUAUUUUCCAGCAGCAGUGUUCAUAUAAAUGGGUGUUUGUGGGUGCUUCAACAGGUUAAUCGGCAUGAAAAUAAAGAAGAGAUGAACCAAGAAAAUAAAGGCAACUGUAAUUUUCUCUUUGACAUUUGAGUUUAUUUCUUGAAUAAAACAUUCCAACUGUGUUACUCUCUUACUGAUGUAAUGAUGAAAACUUUAUCAACUUUUUCCAUAUAUACAUAUGCGUGAAAUAUUAUGUCUUCUAAUAACAAACAAUUCUAC